GCGCAAAACCGCGGAACCUUAAGUCACGUGACCGGCUAUCAGCUGACUGUCGGGCUCCGGGUUUGACAGCAGAAAAUCUCUCAUCAUCUUUUACACUAAGCGCGGCGCUUCUUAUAAAACAGGCAUCGCGCCGGAGAACUUUGAAAACAGACGGAAGACGAGCGGUUACAGCUGCGAAAAGGAUCAUGUCCGGAAAAGACAGGAUCGAUAUUUUCCCCUCUCGAAUGGCUCAGACCAUCAUGAAAGCGCGACUGAAAGGAGCUCAGACUGGCAGAAAUCUACUGAAGAAGAAAGCAGAUGCCUUGUCCAUGCGCUUCCGUCAGAUCCUCCGCAAGAUUAUAGAGACCAAGACUUUGAUGGGGGAGGUGAUGAGGGAGGCGGCCUUUUCCUUGGCAGAGGCCAAGUUUGCAGCUGGAGACUUCAGUACCACUGUGAUCCAGAACGUGAACAAAGCCCAGGUGAAGGUUCGUGCCAAAAAGGACAACGUGGCAGGCGUUACUCUACCAGUGUUCGAACACUACCAAGAAGGAGGCGACAGCUAUGAGCUCACCGGCUUGGCCAGAGGAGGGGAGCAGUUGGCCAAGCUCAAGAGGAAUUACGCCAAGGCUGUGGAGCUGCUCGUAGAAUUGGCCUCUUUGCAGACCUCAUUUGUCACUCUGGAUGAGGCCAUCAAAAUCACUAACCGCCGUGUCAAUGCCAUUGAGCACGUAAUUAUUCCACGGAUCGAGCGCACCUUGUCCUACAUCAUCACCGAGCUGGACGAGAGGGAGAGAGAGGAGUUCUACAGGCUGAAGAAGAUCCAAGAGAAGAAGAAGCAGCUGAAGGAGAAGUCAGAAAAGGAGAUUGCACGACGCCUGGCCGAGCUGGGCCCCAUGGCCGAGCCCGUGAAUCUGCUGAUGGAGGAGACUGAUGAGGACCUUCUGUUUGAGUGACCAACCUGUCCCCUUGUCUGGUGUAGCUGUGUAAAUUAUUUAUUACAAUUAAUCCAGGUCUCUGAGGACAUGCCCGUGUUGUGCGAAACAAAAUUUAAAACUAAUUUUGACAUUUGUGUUCUUGUUGGUGAUUUUAGUUAAAAUGAUUUUCAGUAAUGAAGUUCAAAGUGUUAGUCUAUUGAAAACAAAAUGUGUUAUUUUGCAGAACUCAGUCUUUCCCUUCCUAAAUGUCAGUUGUCUGUUAAUGUAAGUAAUGCAGAGCAGGGACCAAAGAGCAGUACUAGGACAGCGUUUAUUGAGGAGUGAGUUGAAAAGAAGCUGUCAUGAGCGAAUAAGCAGGAUUCCUCAAAGGUUGUCAUUGCAUGCCGUUCGUGUCGCUCUGUACCGAGAGCAGCAUUUUUUUGUGAGUUUUUGUGGUGUCUGAUGCCGCUGAGCGCUAACAGACACAUCCUACGGACUGGAACACCUUUUCUCCUGUUGUUUCAGAAUACUUCUAAAUCCAAAUAAAUGCUUAAUGAACACAAA